AUUCAAUGUAUGCAGACAUCAGCAGGAGGUUGUGUACAUAUAAAGGCCUGUAGCUUUCAUCCAUUCACAGCACUGAUUUUCUAGGUCGUUGCCUCGGUAUCUAAAAAAAAAUGGGAAAGGUAAGAUAAAACAACCAUUAUUGAUAUAGAUCAAUUUUGCUUUAUUAAGCUUUAAUACAUAUUUAUAUAUGUAUUUUUAGUGGAAAUAUACUGAUACAUACAGUAUGCAUAUACUGUAAUGUAUAAUUACUGAUUUAGUAAUUUAGUAAUUACUUUGUGUAUAUUAAUUAAAUAUAUAUUUUAAAAUAUAUUAUAAUAAACUGCCUUACACAACAGAACAAAAAUUGUAUGUAUCUAUUUCUUCAGAAUAAUUUAUAUGUUUGACACAUUUUAUGUAGCUUUUCUGAUGGAUGGGCUAUUUUUUAUUUGUAUUUUUUAUAUUUUUAUUUUAGGAUAUAAACUAUACACCAAAAAUGUAUUUAAUAAACCAGUAAAUAUUUGAUUCAAAUAAAUACAGCUAUUAAUGUAAUACACGUUGUACUGGAUUUGUUACAUUACAAAUAUGACAUUUAUAUGUUUGCAAAUAUAAAAACAUCUAAUAACAAUGAUAAAUGCCAGUUAACAACUGACUUUUGAUUGAAUAAUGAUUAAUUAACCAGCAUCUAUUAUUUUAUUUGACCCAAGGCAGUGUCAUAGACUGCAAAGUUAUUAGAAACUACAGAAACAUGAACUGAGAUUACAUUACCAGGCCUAAGAUGACAUCAUUCUUGGACAAAUAUCUCAUUAAAUUGUAAAACUUUUUCACAGAUUAUCUUCUAUGAAGAUCGGAACUUUCAGGGUCGCUCAUAUGAGUGCAACUCAGAAUGUCCCGAUAUGACCUCAUAUUUCAGCCGCUGCAAUUCCAUUCGUGUGGAAAGUGGAAACUGGAUUCUAUAUGAGUUCCCCAACUACAGAGGACACCAGUACUAUCUCAAUAGAGGAGAAUAUCCUGAUUUUCAGCAGUGGAUGGGAUUUAAUGAUUCUGUUAGAUCAUGCCGUCUAAGUCCCCAUGUAAGUAUGAAAACAAUAUACAUAAAUACAUUUCUUUGAAACCAGGUGUAAUAUGGAUGUUUUAGGAAUUUUAUUGUGUGUUUUUAGCUUAACAGGCAACCUCAGUAGCUAUUUCCUGAAUUGUUUCCAGACGGGAAUAAUUUGACAAAGAAUUUUGCUUUUUGACUUUUAAAAAACCAUACCAAAUAUUUAUAUGGACUUUACUUUUUGUCUUCUCAGAUAUAUGGUCACUAUUGACACAUGGACUGUUUAAUUGCCUAAUCCAGUCAUUACUUUAUUUAUGAGAUUAUCUCAAUAGUUACAAAUAUAUUGUCUAAACAGCAGUGUUAUCCAGCUAUCAGUUGUGCCUAGCUAAUAGCAUGGUAAUUACUGCAUUUAUUAACUCCCUUGCAUUCUAAUGUCCCAGGAAAAGGAAUAAUUCAGUGUCCAUAGGGGGUGCUUUUAAAUUGUCAUAUAUUAUUUAUUUUGUGGUUUUGUCACAUUGGGUGAGUGUGUCUCCCUCGGAAAGUAUGCACACAUUUAUUUCCUUGAAUGAUAAUUUCUUCAUAAUACAUUUUGAGCAUUUCAAAAGUCUGCAAAUUCAGAAUUUUGAGUGUGCAUUAUCCUUUUUGUUCUAUUUUGUGUGAAGAAUUGGGAGCUAGGAACUCUGCAGGAAUCUGAUGCAUCUAUUUUUGAUUAAGUGCUGGGGGCCACUUUUUUUUGUAGUAUUUAGUUAUGAUGCUCCUUUAAAACCGGGGAAAGGGGGGGAAAAAAAGCCCAUAAUAAGUAAAUGAAAAAAAGCACCUAAAUAUAUUCCUAUACAAAGACUAAACCAACAAAUAGAAUUUUCCCACCUGCUUCCAGAUCACCAUGAGAUAGGGAUUUGUAUGCAUUCAAACUGAGUUUUGUGCCAGGACAAUCACAAACAACUGCCCAUAGUGGAGGAAAGAAAGUUUUGCCAUGGCAGAGAAUAAAAACGACGAAAGUCCAAUAUGAGCACUAUGGGAUUAAAUAGGAAAAAUACUUACUAUCUUCUUUGGGAGCCAAGCAGUUCUAAUCAGCUCAUUACCUGUUCCUUGCCUCCAUUUAAUCAAAACACAUGCAGAGAGCAGCAUUAGUUAUGGUAUCAUUGUCUACACCUGAAGCAUCUUUCUCAUUGAUACCAGGCUCAAAUUCAAGGUUUUUACUGCAGUAUAACACAUCUGAUGCAUGGUAUAGAUGCAGUGUUGUGUGUGUAUGAUGAAUGCAUUAUGGUACUCCUAAAGUCAGGACAAAUAAAUCAUUAUAAUUUACUCCUCUUUUCUAGCCUCACUACUUAAAUAUUCAAUGUAUUUUUACUCCAGUUAUAUGAUUUUUUAAAAUAUUUAAUUUGUGGUCAUUUUCCAGUUAUAAUGCAUUGACUACCCUAUAAUGAAAAGGAGAAAGUUUGUUUGCUCUUACAUUCACCAAGAAUCACAAAAUCAUGUUUUUACUUGCAAGUGUGAAAAAGUCAAGAAGUAUAACAUAACAACUGACAUUAUCAUUAUUUUUACAGCACCAAGGGUCCUUUAGAAUGAAGAUCUAUGAAAGGGAAGAUUUCAGAGGUCAGACGAUGGAGUUCACUGAAGAUUGUCCCAAUGUCUACGAGAGAUUCCGUUACAAUGACAUCCACUCCUGCCAUGUGUUUGAUGGUUACUGGAUGUUCUAUGAGGAGCCCAACUAUAAGGGACGUCAGUAUUACCUGAGACCUGGAGAGUAUAGAAGAUAUACUGACUGGGGUGCUUCAAAUCCAAGAAUUGGCUCUUUUAGAAGAGUUCACCAUUUCCAUUAAUCUAAGUGAAACAAAACUACAAUAUUGGUUUCCAUUAAAUAAAGUAAAGAAACCUAUCUUUUCUUUCUGUGUUUUUGUAUUCAUAUAAAU